AUAAGAAAGGUAAAGUCCCAAGAGUAAAAAUGCUGGAAGGGCGAAGGCAUCGUUCACCCCGGCAGACCUUCUUUAUUUACGUGCUUUAGUCAUCUGCUCUUGACAGCUCAAGUUAGCUCCUUCAACAGCAGAUGUUACUUGGUUUUUCAUGUCUCUCAGCUCCUGGAGGAAUGUACCCACCCGGACUCACGCCUUCAGUUCAUAGGUCUGUUUCAUCUCGGCUGUGGAGACUUAGCAUCUUCCUGCUACUUAGCUUCCCUGACUCCAGAGGAAAAGCGAUAUGGACGGCUCAUCUGAAUAUAACCUUCCAGGUGGGAAACCGGAUCAUAUCAGAGCUAGGAGAGAGUGGAGUGUUUGGGAAUCAUUCUCCUCUGGAAAGGGUGUCUGGUGCCGUGGUCCUUCCUGAGGGAUGGAAUCAGAAUGCUUGUAAUCCCCUGACGAACUUCAGCAGGCCUGAUCAGGCUGACUCCUGGCUGGCCCUCAUUGAACGGGGAGGCUGCACUUUCACUCAUAAAAUCAAUGUGGCUGCAGAGAAGGGAGCAAAUGGAGUGAUCAUCUAUAACUAUCCAGGUACAGGCAACAAGGUCUUUCCCAUGUCUCACCAGGGGACAGAGAACAUAGUUGCAGUGAUGAUAGGCAACCUCAAAGGCAUGGAGCUUUUGCACUUGAUCCAGAAAGGUGUCUACGUGACAAUCAUCAUUGAAGUGGGAAGAAUGCAUAUGCCGUGGCUGAGCCACUAUGUUAUGUCUCUGUUUACCUUCCUGGCAGCCACAAUUGCCUACCUUUUCCUGUACUGUGCCUGGAGACCCCGAGUGCCCAAUUCUUCUACGAGGAGGCAAAGACAAAUAAAGGCCGAUGUGAAGAAAGCCAUUGGCCAGCUGCAGCUUCGAGUGCUCCAGGAAGGGGAUAAGGAGCUGGACCCAAAUGAAGACAGCUGUGUCGUUUGUUUUGAUAUAUACAAAGCCCAAGAUGUAAUACGUAUUUUAACUUGCAAGCAUUUUUUCCACCAGACCUGCAUUGACCCCUGGCUCUUAGCCCACAGGACAUGCCCCAUGUGCAAGUGUGACGUUCUGAAACCCUAAGAAGCCCAGAGACCUUUCUGCAGAUUAAAAUUAGAUGGAUUCGCUCAUUGUAUCGUACACACGGAGAAAACCUGACCCUCAGUUCCUCUAUUCAGCCACUAAAGGUGAAAUUUCUGUGCUUUGAAAAUAAAACUUGGUAUCAUGCCCA